GUGUCGAGAAGGUAGGAAACACGCAUAGGAUGAUGUCAGAAUCUAGAAUGGCGAACCGGCCAACAGAGCUGAAUURUCUUCUCGCUCGGUGAUUGGACAAUCGUUAAAGGUUAUUUAUUCUUAGCCUAUUGUAUUGUGAAAUAAACACUAAUUAAGAAACUGACAUACGGUCAUUUUGAUUACCAAACAAAAGCGCUUAGAUUAAAAGCAAAUAUUAAAUUUGCAUUCAUUAGAGGUUUUGAACUCGCUCGAACAGGUUGUAAAGACAAGGGCUGUUCUUGGGAACGCACGAGCAUUCGCGGUUACAUUUCGGCUUGUUAUUAGGGUCAGUACCAGAUUUGUAAUGAACAGCUUAAAUCGACCAAGCAUGAUGUAUCGUGUAGGGGAAAGAGAGAGAUCSCUAGAUGAGGUUCAAUCACAGAGUAAGAGCAAUCACUCUAUAGAGUCAGCUUUAAUUCAGGCCUCCAGUAAAGGUUAUACCAUUGAUAUGAUACUUGGUGGCAGCAACGAGAGACGACAGCCCCAGAACCGAACCUCGCAGAACGCCGAACAAAUCUCAACGUCAGUCGAAGACGAGUCUAGCGAUGUUGACGAUGCUCCAAGUCCGGACGAAAAAGACGAGAUCUACAGCAACGACAGUCCAAGUGAUGAUAACAAAGGACGCAAAAUGAGAAGAAGUAGAACGACUUUCACGACGUAUCAACUACAUCAACUUGAACGCGCGUUUGAGAAGACACAAUACCCUGAUGUAUUUACACGUGAGGAACUGGCUUUGAGACUUGACUUGAGCGAGGCAAGGGUCCAGGUCUGGUUUCAAAACAGAAGAGCCAAAUGGCGUAAGAAAGAGAAAGCUCUAGGACAUGAGAGUCCUAACUACGUGUACCCAGCCGGCGCAGAGUACCAAAGAUCGAUACAAGAAAUGCAGCAGCUACAUGGGGGGUGGUCAAUGCCUGGAGUACCAGCAGGGUUGCUAGAGCGAUGGGGCCACCAUGUCCCUGCGCUUAGCCUUGUCUCUCCAUAUGCYGCAGCACCUCCUCCAUUUAGUCCAUUUGGUCCACAUUUUAGUCCHAUGUCUCCKUUGUCKCCUGCAGUAUCACCGCUUUCACCAAACGGCGUGGGCUUUUACUCGCCAUCUCUGAUGCGACAUCCUUACUUCCAUCCUUCAAUGAUUCCAUACAUGAAAACACCUCAAMCAGGCUCCCCAGAACUGAAUCAAGAAGUUAGAAAGACUAGUAUAGACGACUUAAGACACAAAGCUAGGAAGCACUCGGAAUCAUUGUCAUCRCCUAAUGAAGAUAUUAAGACUAAAUCAUGAUGAAUCUAGUUUUUAAAAGAAAAUGAAAAAAUUGAUUUGUAUCCAAUAUAGUAUGACUCAACAUUCGUGCGCAAAAACUGGUUUAGUAGUUCGCACAGCAAUUUCUAAAUUAAGUAAAUUAUAUCUGCAAUUUUUUAGGUAUAUUUCUAUGGUCAUAAAACUUGAAAUCAUUCGUUCUCAACAUCAUAAACAUAACGAUAUUUGUAAAUAUACACARUAUUUAAAUUUACACGCGGUGUUGAUGGAAUAUGCGUUGCCAUUAGUAUUUAAGUAUUAAGAAUCAUAYAUUCAUUCAUCUGUAAAAAGUCUUAGAUUAAACUUCGGUCAUAUGCGUAUAAAGCAAGCGAAUGAAGGAACGGACACACGGUACAGCAAUGCGCGCAGCAUUGUAGACAAUGUUGCUGAAGUAGGAUAGUUUUCUACUUCAGCAACGUUGCGUGCAACAAAUUGCCACGUGUGUUAUGGCCUGCAACAUCAAUUGUAUGCAACAUUGCGCGCAAUGUUGCASAGUGUGUCCUUAGYUUAAGAUUCAGACUGUGCCUUGCGCGUUGCGAGAAUUACACUGCGCGAUGUAAGUACAGUAUUCUGCGAAAUCUAUGAAAUAUGAGUUUGUCUUCCACGCCUGAGGGAGGGUCCAUAAAGGCAAAAGUAAAGUUGCAUGCAACAGAUUGCUCACAACACAAAUAUCAACGGAGUACCGAAGUUACCUCAUGAAAAACUGUCCUAAAAAGACGCAGAAAAUUGUUUUUGCUAACGUUUCUUAAGUCUGUUCUAARCAAAGUUGCUCGUCUGUGUGGGACUUAAAUUUGGCUUGUAAAAGUAAGGACUUUGUUGCCUGCGCGCGGAGAAUAAAUUGCUUUGCAUUUACUGGGUAUGA